GUAAAAUUUACGAUUACACCGACAGCUUCACUCAGAAAUGAAACAAUCUCAACAAAUCAAGAUUGAUUAGAGAAAAUAAUCAUUUGAGUUCAAGAUGGCAGAUGAUGACAAGCCGUUUUUAUGUUCUGAAAGAGGAUGUGGAAUGCGGUUUACAAAUGAGGACCACUUGUCCGUCCACAUGAGAAAGCAUGACCUGCAACUGGCUCUCCAACUCAACCACGGAGGUCUCUCACCCGGGCUCUUUACAGACCAGACACCCACGCCAACCAAGUUUCUUCGGAACUGUGAGGAAUUGGGGCUGUUCCAGGAACUAGCGCAGAAAAAUCCAUUCGAUGACUCGUUUAAGAAGGCGAUGGAUGACCCGCCCACAUCGCAAUCACAUGACUCCCAUCCCCACAGUGUGGCAGAGACAGAGACCCUCGAUACACCUCAACCCCCGCUGCCGAAAAUCUUGAUUGGGGACAAUGAGAUCCCUGAGACAGCUGCUGAGACAGACACGCCCGUUAACCUCACUGGCUCCCACAUUAUCCCAAAAAAGAGGAAAAAAUACAUGACACAGAGCAGCAUUCCAACCUCCACUACCUCAGAAGAUGAGGAGGAAUCUGUGAUUGGUUCCUCCUCUGUUCACCUGAUUGCCAGCCAAUCAGCUUCUAGCUCCACCUACCAGGAAAUGAUAAACAGCCAAUCAAAUCCGAGCUCAGUCAACCAGAACAUAAUAGGUAGCCACUCCUAUCAGAAAACUGCUGGCAGCGAGCCAAAUCAAAGCCCAGCCUACCAGGAAAUGAUUGACAGCCAAGCAACCAAUCAGAUGGAGACUGAAACUACUGGCAAUGUGCCAACUUCUAAACCACAGACUGGUUCAACAGCUGAGGGUUUUAUGGAAGAAGCUGGUGUAGGAAUUGCGAUAAGCACUGUACCAGUCCAAAUUAUCGGAGGAAACUCACCAACAAUUGUAUCUUCUCCAGCUGCUGUUUCCAUAGCAACAUCCACAGUGAUUUCACCAAAACUUUCACAGCCUGUUCAGACAACACCAACCAGCCCAGGCUUCGUAACAGUACUUUUCCAAUUACCCAAUGGGCAGAUUAUUCCCAUGAGCGUUCCGGCCAAUUCUCAGAUCGCCCAGAGCACACCGGGAACCCCAGUUGGUCUACCCCAGGUUGGGGUGAAGCCUGAUUCUGUGACCCAAGGUUUUACCAUGCUGGCUGGAAGCAUGACCGGCAAUAACCCUCCCUCAGUUAUUCAAACAAAUGCUGGAAGUCAGACUCCAACGAUGGCCUCACCCCAGGGAGGAGGGGGUGGGGUUGUGUUUUUCCAGCCCAGGCCAACCACACCCAACCUCACCACCCAUAUUAUAAAACAGGAGACCCCACAAUUUCUGACUGGUUUACCAUAUACCCACCAGACUGGUACCCAGGUUGUGCUUGUUGGGGGUACCCAGUCACCUUCUGUUAUGACAAUCCAAGCAGGGAACCAUUCAACACCUUUGAGAAACCUGAAGGCUAGCACAAUAACCAGUCCAGACUCAAACACAGCCAGCAACCAGUCUUACGCAAAACAGAGGUUAAAGGCAGCAAUUCAGCAGCAGGCGACGCCAACCCAUCUGGGCUCAAGGGGGCAGGGGCGUAGAGCAGAGCCAGCAAGUGUGGACAUGGUCUCCUCUAGUAGUGGGCCUUCAGAUGAACCCAGGAUCCCUUCAGGGUUGCGUUUCCAAGACAUUUCUGAGCAGGGUGAUGGCGGAGAAGAUGACGACCUUAAACGGAACAAAUUCCUCGAGAGAAACAGGGCUGCCGCAGCACGAUGUCGGCAGAAACGGAAAGUCUGGGUGGAGAGUCUUGAAAAAAAGACGGAUGAAAUGAACAACCUCAACGCUCGACUCAAUAAGGACAUCAUGGGUUUGCGUGCAGAAGUCGCCCAGCUGAAGACCUUGCUGCUUGCACACAAGGACUGCGCCGUGACCCAGCAACAGAGAGCGAUGGGCCAAAUUAGAUUCUCAGAUGAGCCUAUUGGUGCUACAGAUGACGCUGUUGCUCCAGAGGAACACCAACCUACCUUACCUCAACAACUGGACCAGUCCAUUUCAGCUAUGACAUCACUUCCUGUUUUCCAGGCAAUGGAAAAUCAGUCAAAAACCAAAUCUAUGAUGUCAUUUCCUGUUUUGAACUCAGUGUUAAACCAAUCUGCAACAACAACAACAGCAACUCAGCCAGUUUUUUCAAUGCCUGUACUACAGAGACAUGGGGCUCAGUCUAUUACUGCAAGUUCAGGGGAGAAAUUGAUAGCUGUUCCGGUAAACAAUGAAGACGGGGCGGUGGAUGUUAAACCCUUAACUGGGCCGCCACUAAGUGUGAUAACGGGACCCAAUUCUUUAUCUGUAAUGUCUCAAAUUCUUAAUUUGGCAAACCAAGCUGCCACAUCAUCAUCCUGAUAUCAAUUCAUCCAUUUUCUUGAACUAUUUUUAUUUUACUUUUAACAGAAUAAACUCUUUAGUGCUUAAAAUAUUGGAUGUGAUAUUUGUGAUUUUUCACAAAUCUAGAUGUUUAUGAGUUUAAAACCUAAGAGAAAUACAAAAUUGCCAUUGUAAUUGAUAAAUGAUUAUUUUUUGAAUGAGGUUCCAAAUAACAACCAUGUGAAAUUUCCUGUAUAUCAAAAUUCACAUAAAAACACACUAUAAAUAUAAGCUAAAAUGCGAAAUGAAACGAAUCCAGCGUAACAGUAAUUCAUAAGUUAAAGCUGCUCUCUUACAAAUGACAGUUUUGACCUUUUGGCUAAAAAUCAGCACAUAUUAGAAUCAGGCCCCAAUUUCUCGAAACUUCUUAAGUCCCUUAUAACAGGAUUAAGCUAAUCUCACUAUUUUUGUUGUUCUAUAAAAUGUGUUAUGUUUACUUCUUCAAGAUUGUUUAGAAAUUAUGUAGGAAUAAUCUGUAUGAUUAUCAGAAUAAACCAUUUUUCAUUUUUCAAAAAUCCAUUUUCAGUAUUAGGCUAAUUGAAAUAAGCAAUAUAAGCCUUUAAGCUUAAGAAGUUUCGAAAAUUUGAGGCCAGUGGCUUUAAUUCAGUCAUAGAAGGUUACUCACAAUAGCGCAGAUCUCAAUUGUUUGGUAAACUGCCGAUUUUUUUUCUUAUAGUGUUACUAAUGCUUUUAUCCAUAAAACAUCAAAUUUCAAAGGUAAAUAUGAUAAACUGCAAUCUGCUUUUUUGUUUGCAGUCUUAAAUCACUAGUUUCCAGAUAUUUUCACAAGAAUUGGCUCAUUCCAAGACAAAAAAAAAAAAAAGUUGUCAACACAAUAUAAGUGUGAGAGUGCAGCUUUAAAUUGUUCUUGUGUUUUAGAGAAGUCACAGAGUCUGAUGCAUUUUCACUUUGAUAAUAAAAAAAAAGCUUCUUUAGGAAUUUAAAUAUCUGAUUAAGGCCUAAAAAAAAAAAUACAUUUGGUUCGGGUUACCCGACCCUACCUAUGGAAUAGGCGCCGACCCUACCGUUUUUAUAGUCCGUUUGAAAAAAAAAAUGAAAACUAAAAAAAAUAUUUUUUUUUUGGCUUUUCAUUUUGAAGUUUAAAACCUUAAAUGCUUAUAUAGAAGAUAACUUAAACACCAUUCUCCAAUGAUGAAAAUGACAUUCUUAUAUAAAGCCUAAUAAAAAAAAUAAAAAAAGCCUACCUACCCUACCUAUUUUUGAAAUGGAUGUAACCCUAACCAAACAAUUUUUUUUUAGGCCCAAUUAAAGAAUCUGUGAAGUGUUAAGGACAUUGAAAUAAGACUUAGUAAUCUAUGACUUGAACAUUUGAUUUGAUAGUUAGACAAGAAGUCAUGUCAUUUUGACUUGGUGAAAGGUAUAUAUAAUCAUACAGCUUCUUUUUAAAAAUAUAAAGCUUAGCAAAGAAAUGCUUUUAUGCUUUUUGUUUUUACACCAACAAUAUGAAAAUAAGCAAGGAAAAGAUCCAAAUAAUAAAGGCGUACAAAUAAAUUUAUUCACAAAUAGAGGGUAUUUAAAAUAUUUGUUGUUGAAAAUUGAAAAAAAUCUACUUGGGUAAGUUUAAAUUUUCUCUCAAAAUCAUGAUAAAUACAGCCCCAGGAACCAACGGAGGAAACUUGGCUAGAGACUCCCAUUUUCAGCCUAACCAUUAUCCCAAAAAAUCCUGAAUUGAGAAAUAACUUAUUUUCGGACUACAAAAAUUACCUGAAACCCCCAAUCUAUCAACAAAUUACAGUCUCUGGAAACCCCCAGCUUAAUUUUCAAAAGCAAAUCCUAUUGACUAAAAUAAUUUUUGUCUCUUAUUCAAAUGAAAAAAACAGAUGAAUGUUUGCAUUGAAUAAAUGUACAUGUACUUGUUUAUUACGGUAGGAUUAAGGAAGUGAAUUUCAUUGAAGUAGAAUACAAAUAUUGUUUAAGGUAUUAGAUUUACACUUGUGUCAUUCUAAUGUAUACUGACCCAAUGUUAUUGUGGUAUCAUUUGAAUGGGUUUGAUGUGUAGGAAAAGAUCUUAGGAAUCUUAUUAAAUAAAGAAUUUAAUUUUACUAACAACAUUAUUUACCUUGAUAUUGAAUGUCAUAAAGGCUAUAUCACGUCUAAUUUCAGUUUUAAUAAAGAACCAAAGUAAAAAUACAUCAUAUAAAAUAAGGGUGCAUCAGGGUCAGGUUAUAGGAGAUGGAACACUGGCAGCUGGUAAUCGUUUCUGGAAAUUCAUGGGCUAAACUCUAGAUUUAAUAUUUUUACGUAACAUUUUUUUCAGAGCCUCAAUUUUUUUGACCCAGACUAAUCUAAGAAAUAUAGAGAUCUAAAAUUAGUUCUAUUCUGCUCAAAAUAAAACACCAGUAUUCAUUUACAUCGCAGAAAUAGCCGAACUAGGAAAAUUUCAUGCUUAAGCUGCAAUACAACUAAUCUAUUUUUAUUGUUUCAAUGUAACUUUGCUAAACAAAGAGCGCAUCAACACCAAAAAAUGGAUUAAAAUGGACCUGAAAAGAAGUAGAUCUUCAGAGUUUGUGGUCUUAAGACUGCCUGCGUACAUGCGUAUAUAGUCUAAAAAUCUGCAAUAACUCGAUUUAUCAUGUAUUUUCAAUCAUUCGCAUUACAAAUAAGUAUUUUUCAGGGGCUCAUUUCUUAGUUGUAAAUUGGAAUCAUCGUGGUGUCGUAGUUUAAUCAUUUUGCUACAUACUUGUGUGAAUUCGACUUAAGUCAGUCUUGUUCAUAAACACAAAGUUGAGAAAAAAACAAUCGAUGUGUUGCCAGUUGUUACAUUUUAACCAAGUUGAGGAAAAUAUAAACAAUCAAUGUGUUGCCAGAAAAAUAAAAACAAUCAAUGUGUUGCCAGAAAAAUAAAAACAAUCAAUGUGUUGCCAGAAAAAUAAAAACAAUCAAUGUGUUGCCAGAAAAAUAAAAACAAUCAAUGUGUUGCCAGGAAAAUAAAAACAAUCAAUGUGUUGCCAGAAAAAUAAAAACAAUCAAUGUGUUGCCAGAAAAAUAAAAACAAUCAAUGUGUUGCCAGAAAAAUAAAAACAAUCAAUGUGUUGCCAGAAAAAUAAAAACAAUCAAUGUGUUGCCAGAAAAAUAAAAACAAUCAAUGUGUUGCCAGAAAAAUAAAAACAAUCAAUGUGUUGCCAGAAAAAUAAAAACAAUCAAUGUGUUGCCAGGAAAAUAAAAACAAUCAAUGUGUUGCCAGAAAAAUAAAAACAAUCAAUGUGUUGCCAGGAAAAUAAAAACAAUCAAUGUGUUGCCAGGAAAAUAAAAACAAUCAAUGUGUUGCCA